GGGGGGGGCGCACUGGAUCCAGCAUCAAUUCCCGAAGACGGCCACACCCACAUUACAUCCCGCAUACUGGAGAACUACACCGACUAAUGAUACAGCAUGGUUGCACCGAAAACCAACACCCAAGGAGUCGCUCCGAAGCCAAACCAAUGGAAAAGCCCAUUAUCCGACACCAGGGAUCUGGAGAAAGCAGUGAAUACGCUGGUGGCCCGAGGUCGGUUUGGGGUGCUGAAGGUUCCUCUGGGCUUCAUUAAGGUCCUAGAAUGGUUCUUCGCCAUCUUUGCCUUCUCCACCUGUGGCAGUUAUUCCGGUAUGUUCAAGAUUGCGGUGGAGUGCAAGAGCUGGGUGCAGAGCGACCUGAGUAUAGAGGUGGAGUUUGAGUAUCCCUUCAGACUCCACCAGGAGUAUUUUGACGCCCCCACCUGUAAGUCUGAGAAUAAAGAACCCAUUUUCCUGGUUGGUGACUACUCCUCCUCGGCCGAAUUCUUUGUCACCAUCGGCGUCUUCGCCUUCCUGUACUCUACGGCAGCUCUCAGCAUUUAUAUCUUCUUCUUUGACAAGUACAUGGAGAACAACAAGGGCCCACUGAUCGACCUGGGAGUCACCGGAGUGUUUGCCUUCAUGUGGCUGGUGAGUUCGGCAGCCUGGGCCAGAGGUCUGUCCGACGUAAAGACUGCGACCAACCCGGAUGAAGUCAUCACUAUGAUCCCCGCCUGUAAAGAGGAUGAGAACCGAUGUCGUGAAGUCCACGACCCGGUUAUGUCUGGAUUGAACACCUCUGUGGCAUUUGGUUUCAUUAACCUGGUCCUGUGGGCGGGAAACCUCUGGUUCAUCUAUAGGGAGACGGGCAUCAUCGCUGACUCCGUGUUGGCUCCGCCUCCUCAGGAGAAACCUGCUGCACCUGAUGCCCACGUCAAGCAGGGGGCCAGCGAACAAGAACCAUACACCAGCAAACAGGCAGGCUACCCACCUGACUGCAGCCAGGAGGGAUAUACCCAGGACGUGCAGUACAGUCAGGGCUCCAACCAGCAGGGGGCGCCGACUUCCUUCUCCAAUCACAUGUGAGCUGUGAGGAAGAAGUUUGUGUUUCUGUCACAGGAAGCGUCGUAACAAGCCAACAGUGAGCCACCUGCAAUCUACCCACAAUGCAACACUCCGUGGAGAUCGAUGAUGGAAAAGAGGUUUAGAUGUUCACUAUAACGAACUGAUGUAUAAAUGAUUAAUAAAAGCUAACCACCAAGACAUCCAUAACACAUAGUAACCUGUAACCAGUGACAGUGCUGAUAGGACUUAUACACAUUAAUCAGUUGUAUUGAAUAGAUAUCACUUUGAACAAAUAUAUAAUACAUACUGAACUACUUCUUAUUUAGUACUAAUCUGCCCUAUCCACUGUUAUAUGACCUGCUAUAUGGUGUAUAUCUAUAUGAUAAUGGCUUUAAGUGUUCUGCCUGCUUAUUAUCUGAAUGUAUCUGCAGUCUAUAUGGUUACAGAAUCAUAUAUGAACAUGAACUCACUGCCAAUCAUACUAGACUUUUCCAAGAGCAUUUAUGCUUUGUAACCAACACAUUGCAUUUGUUUUGUGCACAGUUUAAAAUAUGUUUUUAAACGGUAUAAGGAUGGAUCCAGAAAUAAUGUAAUCAAGAAGUCAGGAAUGAGUUUUAAUGGUGUCAUAAAAUAAAGUUUGACACGGUUAAAAACAAAGUCGGGAAUGGUUUGGUAAAGACCAGCAGGAGCUUUUACGCUCUCUUUGUUGAGUCAGCUGUUUGUGGAAGUUCAAUAAACUGAUCUGUUAUGAACUCU